UAUAAAAAAUGUGUGGAUAUAUUAUGUUCAUUGUUCUAAACCUCACAAACCGACCAACCAAGUGAAAGUUGAAACCAUGUUAUUCUGUUUGCUAUCAAGCGCCGUGAACACUUUUUUUUUCCUCUAGUGAACUCUUUUGUUGGAGGCCACGAUCUGAUUCAUAUGAAAGACGCCCAUAGAUACAGGCUUUUUCUGGCGCCCAGCAUAUAUAUUUAAACAGAACGGUGGAGAAUCCCUUGGAAACAGUUGCACUCUGCAAAAUGGUCAGCCAAAUACAGCGGCCAUCGUUUGUACCAAACCUUAAUGAAAUAAGAAAGUUCUUGAAAGUGUCAGCCGACUCUAAAAACCUCACAAUCGGAAAAACUAUUCAUGCCCAUUUGAUUGUAUCCAAUCAAGAUUCACAUGAUCACGUGAUCGAGAGAAAUUCUUUGAUCAAUCUGUACUCGAAGUGUGGUGAAAUUUCAAUUGCUCGCCAGUUGUUUGUUAGAAUGCGCAAAAGGAAUGUUGUUUCGUGGGGAAGUUUAAUGGCUGGGUAUUUGCAUCAUGGUUUGGCCUCUGAAGUUAUAGGAUUGUGCAGGAAUAUGGUAAAAGUAGACAAGUUGUGCCUAAAUAAGUACAUAUUAGCGACAGUUAUUUCGUGCUGUUCUCAUUGUGUGUUGCUAGAUGAGGGCCAACAGUGUCAUGGUUAUGCGUUGAAGUCUGGAUUGAGUUUUCAUCGCUAUGUAAAGAAUGCACUUGUGUCUAUGUAUUCAAUGUGCUCGGAUGUGAAAGGGGCUAUGCAGGUUUUGUAUUGGGCUCCUAGAUCAGAUUUGUGUACCUAUAAUUCUAUUUUAAAUGUGCUGUUAGAUCAUGGAUAUAUGAGGGAAGCAUUUGAGGUUUUGUGCAGAUUGGCUGCAGAAUAUGAGCGUUUGGAGUGGGAUAGUAUUACUUAUGUUAAUAUUUUUGGAUUUUGCGCUCGCAUUGGCGAUUUGAUUUUGGGCCAACAAACUCACAGCACAAUGCUCAAAAUUGGUGUUGAGCUUGAUCUAUUUGUUGGUAGCGCAGUCAUAGACAUGUAUGGAAAAUGUGGAGAAAUUCUGUCAAUGCGAAAUUUUUUUAAAAGCUUGCAAACUAAAAAUGUGGUCACAUGGACAGCAAUAUUGGCUGCUUAUUUACAGAAUGAGUGCUUUGAAGAAGUAUUGAAACUGUUUUUGGAAAUGGAAAUUGAGCAUAUUUUGCCAAAUGAGUACACAUUUGCAGUGCUUUUGCACUCAUGCUCUGGUUUGUCAGCACUUGGUUUUGGUAAUUCACUACAUGCACGCAUCGUGAAGAUGGGGAUGAAGAAUCACAUUAUUGUGAGUAAUGUUUUGAUCCAUAUGUAUUCAAGGUGUGGCUUGAUUGAAGAUGCUUGUAUCGUCUUCACAAAUAUGACUUGUCGAGAUGUUAUAUCUUGGAAUUGUAUGAUAACUGGGUAUUCUCAUCAUGGGCUUGGUAGGGAAACCUUGGCUGUGUUUCACGAGAUGCUAGCAGCAAAAGAGCAACCAAACUAUGUAACUUUUGUUGGGGCACUCUCAGCCUGUGCCUUUUUGGGAAGAGUAAAUGAAGGUUUCUACUAUUUGAACCAUAUGAUGAGAGAGCUUGGCAUUGAACCGGGGUUGGAGCAUUACACCUGUAUUGUUGGACUUCUGGGUAGAGCGGGGAGGCUUGAGGAUGCUGUGAAUUUCAUGCAAUCAACUCCAAUAAAAUGGGACAUUGUUGCCUGGAGAACAUUGCUCAAUGCUUGUUGUGUCCAUCAUAAUUAUCAUUUAGGAAAGCAAGUUGCAGAAACUGUGUUGCACUUGAACCCUGAAGAUAUGGGAGCUUGUAUCCUGUUGUCAAAUAUGCAUGCCAAGGCAAAGAGGUGGGAUAGAGUUGUGGAGAUUCGGAAGUUAAUGAGAGAAAGAAACGUAAAGAAAGAGCCUGGAUUGAGCUGGACAGAGAUAAGAAAUAACACACAAGUAUUUGUUUCUGGUGACAAUGAUCAUCCAGAGUCUGUUCUUAUUCGUGAAAAAGUAAAAGAGCUUUUGACUGAAAUUAAACCACUGGGUUAUGUUCCAACAAUAGCUUGUGAAUUGCAUGAUGUGGAGGAGGAACAGAAAGAAGAUUACCUCGGUUAUCACAGUGAGAAGUUGGCUAUAGCAUAUGUUCUUAUGAAAACACCCCCAAUGGCACCUAUUCGCAUCAUUAAAAACCUAAGGAUGUGUGUUGAUUGCCAUUCUGCCAUUAAAUUUAUCUCAAAAGUCACAAACAGAGUGAUAAUUGUAAGAGAUGUCAACCGUUUUCAUAGUUUCAGAGAGGGAUGCUGUUCCUGUACAGACUACUGGUGACAUAUAGGCCCAGCUUAGGAAAAAAUAUUUCAUGAUAUAUUAAACCAUCCAGUUCCCAGUGGAGGGAAUUGCAUAUAGCUAAUCUAGGUAAUUUAUGUUGCUAGACAUUUGUAAAUUGGUCAUAAGGGUUUUGCAGCAAUUAUCAAUUCAUGAGCCUAAUAUCCUUCCAUAUCCUCAUUCUCACAUAUAGCAACUUAUAAGUUAAGAGAAGCAAUGAUCCGCCAAUUGAAUAACAAAUCCAACGAUCUAGUACCUUGGUUGGAUUGAUGGCCAAAGCAAUUCUGAUAACAUAAGAAUUCCUAGUUACUUGGUUGAUACUUGUAAAUGACCUCUCAACUCUCUCUAUACAGCAUUUGCUGCAUAAUUUUCUCGGAUCACUUGGCAGAAUUGAAAUCAACGGUUAUAUUAGCAGGUCAUCCAUAGACAUCCAGUGUUCUAUCUUUAUAUCCCUGAAGAUGAGCGAAGGUGAACAUAUUGGGAGAGUUUAAGGCAUCAAAUGAUGGGGUGUCACGUGGUAUCUUGCUGUCUACUGGAUAGUUAAGAUGUUUGUGUAACAAGUUCAGCACCCGUUUUUUUGCCAGAAUGUGUAGUCUCUUUACUAUGACAAUAGUUAUAUUCAGCAUUUAAUCGCUCUCUGGACAGGAGGGAUCAAAUUUA